AUCUUUGUGAGUUCUUUUGUUGGCUAAGACGGCAGAGAGAGGGGGAGCCAACAGCUUCACUCCUCCUCAGCCGGCACACAUCUGCUGCUGAAAAGAUGCAACACUGGUCCAGAAAGGAGCUUUUGUAGAUCCAACUUCACAGCAUGGCCGGUUGCAGCACCGUGCUGUGAGACCGAAGGUGCACGGUAGGCUCCAGCUGGAGAACAUUUACCUUCUCCUUGGGGGUGUUUUGUCUAAAAAUCAGUGGUGAUGUCCCAGUGCCGGUGCAGGCAGGCCCUGCUGAUUGUGGAGCUGGGCAUGCUGGUGGUGGUCCUGGUGGUCGGCAGUGCAGGAGAUCCCCGCGGCAGGAGAGAGGCAGGAUCAUCCUGCUAUGGAGGAUUUGACCUCUACUUUGUUUUGGACAAAUCUGGCAGCGUGCAGAAUUACUGGAAUGAGAUAUAUUAUUUUGUCGACCACCUGGCUCACAAGUUCAUCAGUCCUCAGCUGCGGAUGUCUUUUAUUGUAUUUUCAACUGAAGGAAGGACGCUGAUGGAGCUGACUGAAGACAGAGACAAGAUUCGUGCUGGGCUGGAGAAGCUGCGCAUGGUGGAGCCUGGAGGAGAUACUUUAAUGGACAGAGGGUUUCAAAGAGCCAGCGAACAAAUCUAUCACGGGACAGGAGAUGGCUACAGGACAGCAAGCGUUAUAAUCGCCCUGACAGAUGGAGAACUGAGAGAACAUCAGUUUGACCUGGCACAAAGAGAGGCCAGCAGGGCCCGUCAGUUGGGCGCCUCUGUGUAUUGUGUUGGAGUGAAAGAUUUCAAUGAAACACAGCUUUCUACAAUCGCUGACAGCCAGGACCACGUGUUCCCCGUUAACGACGGCUUUGAGGCUCUACAGGACGUCAUUGACUCGAUCCUGAAGAAAUCCUGCAUUGAGAUCCUGGAUGUAGAGCCGUCUAGCAUCUGUGAGGGAGAAUCCUUCCAGGUGGUAGUCAAAGGAAAUGGUUUCCUACAUGCCCGAGAUGUGCAGAAAGUUCUCUGCAGCUUCCACAUCAAUGACACAGUAACUCUGAUGAAAAGACCGGUGGUGGUGCAAGACACCUAUCUGCUCUGCCCAGCUCCUGUUUUGGAAAAAGAGGGAACGUCGGCACUGCUCCACGUCAGCAUGAAUAAUGGCCUGAGCUUCAUAUCGAGCUCUGUCACAAUUACUGCAACCACUUGUUCUGAUGGGACGUUCGUGGCUGUCGCUCUGCUCAUUCUGUUGUUCCUGCUGACCGUGGUCCUACUGUGGUGGUUCUGGCCUCUCUGCUGCACCGUGGCAAUCCAUGAGCCACCUCUUCCAGUAAUAGAUGAUGUCUCUGAUGAUGAGGAAGGUUUUCCCAAAAAGAAGUGGCCCACAGUGGACGCCUCAUACUAUGGAGGCAGAGGAGUCGGGGGCAUCAAGAGAAUGGAGGUCCGCUGGGGAGAUAAAGGCUCCACUGAGGAAGGAGCCAAACUGGAAAAAGCUACAAAUGCUCGAGUUGUGAUGCCAGCCGAGGAGUUUGAGUUCCCUCCCUCACGGAACCACUACACAAUGCACCGUCCUGUGCGCCCUCACGCAUGGUAUUCACCCAUAAAGGGUAAACUGGACGCCCUGUUUGUGUUCCUGAGGAAUGGAUACGACAGAGUGUCUGUGAUGCGACCCCACCCUGGAGACAAGGGGAGGUGCAUCAACUUCACCAGGGGCAAAUCCUACCCUGUUCCUCGCUAUCCCAUCUACAACCAUCACGCCGCCACGCCUAUUUACACUCUGCCCAGCCGUUACCAGUGCUGCUCAUCAGAGGGCAGUACUGUGUUUCCUUUGCCCCCCUCACCAACGUCUAUGCUCCCUCCUCUGCCGUCUACUCCGCCCCCUUCUUCGAUCACCCUUCACAACAGUGCCCUGCCCUCAAGCUCCACCUCUGUGCCUCCGUCGCCAAGUGGCUCUCUGCCACCACCACCUCAGGCUCCACCCCUCUGUAGAGCCCCUCCUCCAUCGCGCCCACCUCCGCGACCUAAUCAUUAGCACCAAUGACGAUGACAGUGAUAAAACCUGAGCUCAGUGGUCCGAAUUCACCUUUUAAUUCAUAACACGCCUUUUAAUUUAUUUAUUUGAAGUCCAAUAAGAAAUUAAAAUAUGACUAAGAAAAUAAAAUUGCUUUUGGGGAAAUUUUCCACAAAUUUGACUCUGACUUCAGAAUAAAUUGAUCAAACAGGAUUUGACUGCAUAAGAGAAUCUGAUUUGUGACUGGAGGGUUGCUGGUUCAAUUCCCAGCUAUGCCAGUGGAAUUUCUCUGUAGCCAACAAAUCGGACUAUGAAUGUUUGUAACUGUAAACCUACUUCCAGCGUAACUACGCUUUUUUAAUUUAAAAAUUUCAAUUAAAAAAAUUUGAAAUUUUUAUACUAUAGUAUUCACCCAAAACCAUACAUUUUUGUAAUUUUUAAAGGUCAAGUUGAGCUAAAUGAAAUGGUUAAUGGGCUGUAUUUCUAUAGUGCUGGUCCAUCUAAGAACAGCACGGUGGCUUAGUGGUUAGCACUGUUGCCUCACAGAGAGAAGGUC